AUGUCUCCUCCAGCUGCCAUCUACGAGCCCUCCCCCGCGACCGCCAACAAUGGCCUCAAGGGCAAGGUGGUCCCGGAGACGGUGACCGUCUCCGGUGCGGAGGCUCACUCGACCAGGCUCCUUGACCAAUUCGGCGGCAAGUGGGACGAGUUCAAGUUCGCUCCGAUCCGUGAGAGCCAGGUCUCGCGUGCCAUGACCAGCCGCUACUUCAAGGACCUCGACAAGUACGCCGAGAGUGACAUUGUCAUCAUUGGCGCGGGUUCCUGCGGUCUCAGCACGGCCUACGUGCUCGGCAAGGCUCGUCCGGACCUGAAGAUUGCCAUCAUCGAGGCGAAUGUCUCUCCUGGUGGUGGUGCCUGGCUCGGUGGCCAGCUCUUCUCCGCCAUGGUCCUCCGCAGGCCUGCGGACGCCUUCCUUGACGACCUGGGCGUCCCGUACGAGGAGGACCCGACGAACCCGAACUUCGUCGUCGUCAAGCACGCGGCUCUCUUCACCUCGACCUUGCUGUCGAAGGUGCUGUCCUUCCCGAACAUCAAGCUAUUCAACGCCACCAGCGUGGAGGACCUGAUCACGCGUCCUUCGCAGAGCGGCAACCCGCAGGAGACUCGCAUCGCGGGUGUGGUGACGAACUGGACGCUCGUCAGCAUGCACCACGACGACCAGUCCUGCAUGGACCCGAACACCAUUAACGCGCCGCUCGUGAUCAGCACGACGGGCCACGACGGCCCCUUCGGCGCCUUCUCUGCCAAGCGCCUCGUCUCGAUGGCCGCUAUCGACAAGCUGGGCGGCAUGCGCGGCCUCGACAUGAACUCGGCCGAGGACGCCAUCGUCAAGAACACCCGCGAGGUCACCAAGGGCCUGAUCAUCGGCGGCAUGGAGCUGUCUGAGAUUGACGGCUUCAACCGCAUGGGCCCGACUUUUGGCGCCAUGGUGCUCAGCGGUGUCAAGGCUGCUGAGGAGGCGCUCAAGGUGAUUGAUGAGCGCAAGCGCGAGUGUGCGGAGUAA